UAGCGUUUCUAGAAAAUGGAUUUUCAUUACGAUUACGAAACUGAAAUUUUUGAAAUGCAACAUCCAAAUAUGUAUUCCUAUUCACAAACGACCCAUCUGUAUAAACAUGCACGGCAAUAAGGAUUGCCUUGACUCUUUCCAAGACAAUUGUCAAGGUACUGAAUGCGAGCACAACAAUGAUGCUUUUUUAAACGGGCUUCUUGGUCGACUAUUUAUUACAUUAAUCCACAAUAAUCGAAAUAUCUUUUCAGGUGAGGUGGUGGUCGCCUCAGCCAUUAAUGAAUUAAUGCCUAAACUUUUGCAACGGUCAUUAACGGGAAGCAUUGCAUAUCAGCCUACUUGUACGUCUUUAAUUUCAAAAUUGUGUUUGUAUCAACCAGGAAAUAAAACUAUACAGGUUCAAAGGACCGGAACAAACAAUGUGUUAUGACCUAUUAGAAAAGUUACUGCAAAAAUGGUUUAGAAAAACCAGCUGGAAACCGGAUAAAAAUCUU